UGCUUGGGGCCCUAGUCCUGAAACUAACUUCCUCUAGUGCUCCUCCUGCUCCGAGUCCCGCCGCAGCCCCUCGCCUGCCGGCGGUCCUCGCGUCUUCCUCCCUCCCCGGCCUCUCCCUUUCGCCGGAAGGCGCCGUUGAGUGCGGCCGGGCGGGUUGAGUCAGCCCGGGAUCCGGGCGGUUCCGCCAAUGGGGCUGGACAGCGAUUUCUGCGCUCUAGCCGCCAGGCCGCCGAGGCCCUGCGUGCGGGGUCGUCUGGCCGCCAGAGUCGGCGGGGCCGGGGCGGGAAUCUCGCGGGGCGCCGUGGGGGAGUGAGCCUCAGACUUCCGGGGCGCAGGGGGCCCCCUCUGGCACUCGGGGCCCGGCGCCUCGGGAGGGCGCCCGCGGAGGCUCCCGGCCCCCUGCGGAGGGCGAGCCCUGGGCGGGCGAGGAGCGGGGACGACGACGACGCGGCAACUUUGCUUUCUCUUCCCGGACUGGGGCGCGCGGGCCGGGAGGGGGCAGCCUGGACUGGGAAGACUCGGUCUGGCCCAACGGCGCCCCGAGUUUGCCCGUUUCGCCGUCUUCAGUGGUGGGGAGCCCAGGAGACGCUUCGAGACGACUUGGUGUGUCGAUGGUGCAGUGAGCGGGCCGAGGCGAGGGGAAGCGAGGGCGCCGGAGUUUGCAAAGAGUUGCUUUGUGUUUGAGCACAGAUAUGGCCACCCAGGUAAUGGGGCAGUCUUCCGGAGGAGGAGGGCUGUUCACCGGCAGUGGCACCAUGGGCAUGGCCUUGCCAAACGACAUGUAUGACUUGCCUGAUCUCUCUCGAGCUGAACUGGCUGCGCCUCAGCUCAUCAUGUUGGCAAACGUGGCCUUAACUGGGGAAGUAAAUGGCGGCUGCUGUGAUUACCUGGUUGGCGAAGAAAGACAGAUGGCAGAAUUGAUGCCUGUUGGGGAUAGCAACUUCUCAGAUAGUGAUGGAGAAGGACUUGAGGAGUCUCCUGAGGUGAAAGGUGAACCCAGUGGGCUGGAGAACAUGGAACUGGAAAGUUUGGAACUCAAUGUUGUGCAGCCACGGCCUGUGUUUGAGGUAGCAGCUGCCUCAGAAACGUACAGCUCAAAUAAAGACGUUCCUCAGGAAACACCCGUAGCAGAGGACAAGUGCAAGAACUUGAAGAGCAAACCCUUCCGCUGUAAACCAUGCCAGUAUGAAGCAGAAUCUGAAGAGCAGUUUGUGCAUCACAUCCGAGUUCAUAGCGCCAAGAAAUUUUUUGUGGAGGAAAGUGCCGAGAAGCAAGCAAAAGCCAGGGAAUCCGGCUCUUCUACUGGGGAAGAGGGCGAUUUCUCCAAGGGCCCCAUCCGCUGUGACCGCUGUGGCUACAAUACCAAUCGCUAUGAUCACUAUACUGCUCACCUGAAACAUCACACCCGAGCCGGGGACAAUGAGCGAGUCUACAAGUGUAUCAUAUGCACGUACACCACAGUGAGUGAAUAUCACUGGAGGAAACACCUGAGAAACCAUUUUCCAAGGAAAGUUUACACAUGUGGAAAAUGCAACUAUUUCUCAGACAGAAAAAACAAUUAUGUUCAGCAUGUUCGAACUCAUACAGGUGAACGUCCGUAUAAAUGUGAACUUUGUCCUUACUCAAGUUCUCAGAAGACUCAUUUAACCAGACAUAUGCGUACUCAUUCAGGUGAGAAGCCAUUUAAGUGUGACCAGUGCAGUUAUGUGGCCUCUAAUCAACAUGAAGUAACCCGCCACGCAAGACAGGUUCACAAUGGGCCUAAACCUCUUAACUGCCCACACUGUGACUACAAAACAGCAGACAGAAGUAACUUCAAAAAACACGUGGAGCUCCAUGUUAAUCCACGGCAGUUCAACUGCCCUGUAUGUGACUAUGCAGCUUCCAAGAAGUGUAAUCUGCAGUAUCAUUUCAAAUCUAAGCAUCCUACUUGUCCUAAUAAAACCAUGGAUGUCUCAAAGGUGAAACUAAAGAAAACCAAGAAGCGAGAGGCUGACUUGCCUGAUAACAAACUCACCAGUGAGAAAACAGAAACAGAGCAGACCAAAGGAAAGGGGGAUGUGACUGGGAAGAAAAACGAGAGGUCUGUAAAAGCGGAGAAGAAAGAUAAUGUUUCAAAGGAGAAAAAGCCUUGUAGUAAUGCCUCAAGCCAAGUGACCACCAGAACGCGCAAAUCGGCCAUGGAAGCUAAAGAAGUGGAUGUGUCCCCGGGAAACAAUUCAGAAAAAAGCUGCAAAAGCAAGAAAAGCAAAAGGAAGGUGGAAGCUGAAGCCCAUUCCUUACAACAGCCUGUUAAUGAUGAGGAACCUGUGACAAAAAAGAAAAGGAAGGCAGAAAGCAAAUCCAAAAAUAGUCAGGAAGUGUCAAAGGGUGACAGCAAAGUAGAGGAGAAUAAAAAGCAAAACAUUUGCGUGAAAAACAGUACAAAGAAGAAAACUGUGAGAAGUAAAUCAUGUAAGAAAAGCAGCCAGCCUGCUCAGAGGCGGCCCACUCAGAUGGAGUCUGCUCAGGUGGGGUGUGUUCAGACGGAGCCGCGGCCGCCUCCUUCUCCUCCGCCUCCCGCUCCCGUGGGGUGUGGUGAGGUCGAGGUUGUCCAGAAGGGGCCUGUUCCCAUGGAGCCAUCUCCUGCCAUGGAGCCUGUUCAGGUGACCCCUGUUCAGAUGGAGCCUUCUCCUCCUCUUCCUCCUCCUCCCCCAGAGCCUGCUCAGGUGGGAUCUGUUCAGGUAGAGCCUCCUCCCUCGCCUCUCCCUUUGGGGGCUGCUGAGAUCGAGGUUGUUCAGAAGGGGCCUGUUGAGACAGAGCCUCCUCCUCCCAUGGAGCCGAUCCCCAGAAGGUCUCCUCGAAAAGAUAAUAGAAAGGAAAAGUCCAGCAUGCUGAGUGAAAUGGCACGGAAGGAGCAGGUCCUUAUUGAGGUUGGCUUAGUGCCUGUUAAAGACAAGCAGCUUCUAAAAGAAAGUGCCGGUGCACAGGAUCUCUUCCCACCAUCACCACCCCUGCCAAAGGAAAGCUUAAAGGGGGAAGAAUCGAAAGACCAAAAUUUGUUCCCUGCAGGCGAAGGAAAUAAAGAAGCCCCUCUUGAAAAAGUGGAAGCAGAAGAGGCAGAUAAGAGUCUGGCUGGUGUUGCUGCUGUUAUCAAGGAAUCUGCCAACACUUCAUCCUCUGAAGAAAACUUGAAUAUGCCAGAGGGUGAAACUUCAGAGGAUAAACAUCAAGCUGAAGCUAUGCUCUGUGAAAUGGAGAUGGACACUGAUGAGAAGAAAGCAGAGAAUUUCCCCAGCAGAGACUUGGCAGUUGAAGAACCAGUUUCACCACCACUUCCUGCUCUACCGCUAGAAAAACAUGAAGCCGUGUCCACAACUGCUGUGGCCUCACCUCCUGUCACUGUGGCAGUAAAUGAGUCUCAGGAAAUGGAUGAAGACGAAGGCAUCCACAGUCAUGAUGGAAGUGACCUAAGUGACAACACGUCAGAGGACAGUGAUGAUUCUGGAUUGAACGGUGCUCGGCCAGUUCCACAAGAGACCAGUGGGAAAGAUGGAAAGGAUGCCUUGGCUGUCAAAGUGGCCGAGGGAGAUUUCGUUUGUAUCUUCUGUGAUCGUUCUUUUCGAAAGGAAAAGGAUUACAGCAAACACCUCAAUCGCCAUUUGGUUAAUGUAUACUUCCUUGAAAAGGCAGCUCAAGGGCAGGAGUAAUGAAACUCUGGUCAAGGCUUCAGUUCUUAGUGUAUAAGGUCUCUGACAUUUUAUAUGCAUUUGGAGUAGUAGACAGCCUUUUGUUUUUAAAAUCAAUUACUGUCCAAUCUUGAUUUUUAAGUGGCACUCUUUUUCUUGGACUCCGUGUACCUACUGAUGUACACAUUUUAGCAAAUCCAAGGGAGUUAGUAUACUAAACCAGCGGUCAUCUAAACCUGUUAGCUUUUUAAAAAUGUUUUUAUCUUUUGCCUUUAACUGAACCAAGGAUGCCAAGGUGGUAUUAGAGCAUUCUAUCAAUUUGUUCAGCAAUAACUUGUCAGUUUUUUCCUCAUGUCUGUCUUCCUUUUCACUUUAGUUUAUUCUUCAUUCCUUGUUUAGCCCUAUAAAAAUUGGCUUACUUAAAUAGCAAAUUACUUGAAGAAUUUGCCUGCUUUAUUUGAAGUUAGCACUUUAAAAUUGUGUUAAAGAUGAGAAAAUACAUUGAAUUUGAAGAGAAAUUCUGCCAACAGUAGAUGUUCUAUCAGUUCAGGUAUUUACUUCCUGAUUUUUGAUCAAUAGGUAUUUCUUAUUUGUGUAUAUGUUAAUUGUCAUAAAAAAAAAAAACACUGAUUUUGGUGUGUUUUUUUGUUUUGGUGCUUUAAUGGCUUAAGAUUGCACUUUUUAAAUCUAUGCAGUUACAUUUUUUCCCCUAGAACUAGCAUUUGUGUUGAACAGUAACACUUUAUACAUAUAUGGCAUUUUAUUUUUUCCUCUUUGGAGGGAUGCUUUUAUUCUUGUUUGCAAAGGGCAGGCUUUUUUUUUUUUUUUCCCCCUUUGCUGCAAUUGUCUUGCAGAAUAUUAUUGUGUGCAAAUUUCUGAGCAAAUGAAAUAUGUAGGUUCAAUUCAUAUAUAUGCCAGAGUCUGCAUUUCAAAUGUUAUUUAUUUUAAGUGGAUGUAGUGAAAUCAUAGCUCUCAGUUUGAACUUUACAAUAAAUAAACCACUAGGUCUAUAUUGAAUGGAUAUUUAUCUCAAGUAUCAACCAUAAGUAAACUUUUGACGUGUCUUAGUACGUCUACUUCCUAAAAGUGCAGUGUUAAAUCGUAUCUUAGAGGAAAACCUCAUUCGUAGAUGGUUGUUGUUUAUGUCUACUCCGCUGAAUAAAGGGCUGUAAUUUUUAUUUGGAAACUGCAAAUCUGGAACUAGGAGGGAUAAUUACUCCUUCAAGUUACACACAAUAUGAGUUUGUGAGAUUCCAAAGCCAUAGCAGUUAUACAGAAAAUCUAGGAUGAGAAAAGUAGUAUGGUAGACCAGCUGCUACUUCCUGUGAAUACAGUAGAAAAGGCUGGUGAAACUGAAGUUCAGUCCAGAUUUUUAAAAAUCACACUUUCUCAGGGAUCUCCACCAACUAGUGGAUGUCCUGGCUGUUCCUGUGACUGCCUUUUUCUAUAGGUGAGGCCUCAAAUGAGUUGUAGCUAUUCUGGUGUUCCUAUGAGGGUACUUUGUAUGGAAGAGUAUAUACUCCCAAACUUUGUUGGUAGAUUCUUUGGCCAGUCACUGAAGAGUAUGAAAGAAUCCAGCAAAGGAUUUUUCUUAUUGAUAGCAGUUACUCAUUGUAGUCCAGUAAAGUAUGAUCCCGAUAGGGAGCCUUGAAUAAUUUCAACCCUCCCAUAUUCUUUUCUGAAAUUACCACUUUAUAUUUCAUUUAUUUUCUUUUGUCUGAUGAUGUCUGAGAAAGGUUUCAGAGUUCAGCAAUGCAACGUGAAAGAUUAGGAAAGUAUUGAAGUAUUGGUGGGAAACUUGAUAAAAAAAUCAUAAAUUAAAGUUUGAUAAAAGACAUAUGAACUUGGAAUUGACUGGGAGGCCAAAGAUAUAAAGAAGCAGAAGACUCUCUCAAGACAUGAGUAAGUUGUGUGUUACUAGUGUGUGUUUUGUAUGCAUGAUGGGGAUUUGUAAAUGAUGUUGAAUUCUAAGCUCCGACAAUCAUUGUCAACGAAAGAUCAAGCUGCAAAUAUUUAUGUUUUAAAACUUAAAUUAUAAGGCUAGUUAAACCUUUCUGACAACUAUUUUUAAUGUUCAUGGGUACAUUUUGUAUGUUACCUUUAACAGUAUAUGUGAAAAAAUUCAUGUCAAGUACAAAUUGCCAACUGGGAAUCAGUUUGGGAAAGAGGUUUUGUGGAUUCUUUGAUACUUCAAAAAAAAAUUUGACUUCUGGGGAAUUUGGUUAAUUUUCUUAUCUAGAUUUUAAGGCUAGAAUGCCAAAAGUGAACAUAUGAAGGAAAUUAAAACCCUUUAUUAAAGUGAUCUGUGAAAACAUUGUUACUGGAAAUUGAGUGGACUUGAGGCCUUUCUUCCAGAAAACAAGGACUUGAUUGUCAGGCCUAUAUUAGGUUCUGAAACUUAAUGCCAUGUAUUUGUACUUAUUAAAAAUUGUUUCAAUGAAAAGUGUAUUAGUAAUAAGAACUUCUGGUCUAGUUGGAAGUUCUUCCAUUUAAAAAAUGUGAUAUUUACGUGGAACUGUUUUGAGUCUUUUUGUUUUCUCAGUUUCCCCUCCACUGGAUAGGAUUGAAGCUAGAAUUUUCCCUUUUAAUAAAGGAAUGAAAGGUGAACAUGUUAUUUGUAAGUUGAUAUUUAGUCCUAGAGCAAAAGUUGAAAGACUAGAAUAUGUUAUAAACCUAAUCCUAGGUAGCCUUAUAAAAAUAUCUCUUUUAACUGUCUUCUGAACCUAUAUUCACAUUGGUUUUUAAGAUAUAUUAAGUUAUAUAUUUUUUCUCUUUCCAGAGCUGCUUCUGUGGGGCUACCCCCCUCUUUUUUUUUUUUUUUUUUAAUUGAGUUGGCAUUCACAAAGGGCUGCAUUUUUUGAAAGAUUUCUUACAACUAUGGCUGGGUAUUUUACUCUAGUCUCCCAAGAAGGGCCAUUAUAACUUUAUUGUGACUUUCGAAGUGACUUCUGAAGUGACUUCUGAAGUCAGUUGGUCUUUAACUUUGGGGACUAUUUUGCAUGUAAGUGCUAAUUCAGAUUUAAGCUUGAGUCAUCGCAUAUCAUCCCAUGAAUAUUGACAAUGGACAGAAUACCUUUCCUGUAGUUUCAGUUCUAGACUGAAAAGCUUGGGAAGAAACUUCAUUUUCUUUUUUGCACAAAUCAGAAAAAUAGCUACUGUGCAGAGUUUCCUUGUUGACCUCAGCAGGUGAACUGGACUUCUAGUUUUAAAUCAGACUAGAUUGGAUGGCUUUUAUAUUUUCACAUGUAUACAUAGACUCUCCCCAUUUUCAUCAACAUCCAUUAGUUAUUGAACUUUAUGAACUGGCAUUGAGACAUUACAACAAUGUUUUGUUGCACCAACCUUAUUAAUUUUUACAGUGCAAUACAUGUUAUUUUUCAGAGACAAACCAAAGUUUAAUUUCUCAAGGUUCAUGCUGUUUACUUCAGCAGCAUUUGAUGGAAGAUCUUUUAUAUGCAUUUGUAAUAGAUAAAAAAUAAACCAGACUGCAAAUCCUUUUUCUUUCUUUUUUAAAGCAAACCAUGUACCAAGUUUUUUGGUUCAAAUUGUGUAGGAUAAGUUAAAUUGCAUUCUAUUAACAAAUAUGUGUAUUUCUGUAAGUAUAGUUAUGUUGAAAUAAAGUUUUAAAACAUUUUA